UUUCCUGUUUAUGAAACGUGAUCUUUCUAGCAGCACAAAGGAAGACCUGAGGGCAGAUCAUGCCACGGAACCAACUGCAUAGCUGGCUGAAUGCUGGGCUCUUUGGGCUCCUGCUUCUUCUUAUCCAUGUUCAGGGUCAGGACUCACCAGAGGCCAGCCCCAUCAGAAACACACAUACCGGCCAGGUCCGAGGUAGCCUCAUCGACGUGAAGGACACGAAAGCUGGUGUCCACACCUUCCUGGGAAUUCCCUUUGCCAAGCCUCCUGUAGGACCACUGCGAUUUGCACCUCCUGAGGACCCUGAGCCAUGGAGUGGUGUAAGAGAUGGGACUGUAUAUCCAGCCAUGUGUCUGCAAAAUCUUGAUGUAUUUAAUGUGGAGGGCCUGAAGGAGAUGAAACUGAAGCUUCCCCCUGUUUCUAUGUCUGAGGACUGUCUGUAUCUCAACAUCUACACACCAGCCCAUGCCCAUGAGGGCUCAAACCUGCCUGUGAUGGUGUGGAUCCAUGGUGGUGGACUAGCUGCAGGUAUGGCUUCCAUGUAUGAUGGAUCCCUAUUGGCAGCCAUUGAGGACUUGGUGGUAGUUACUAUCCAAUAUCGUCUGGGUGUCCUGGGCUUUUUCAGCACUGGAGACCAGCAUGCCAGAGGCAACUGGGGAUACCUGGACCAAGUGGCUGCCCUACACUGGAUCAGGCAGAGUAUCGUCCACUUUGGAGGCAACCCUGACCGGGUCACUAUUUUUGGCGAAUCUGCAGGUGGCACAAGUGUGUCUACACAUGUUGUGUCCCCCAUGUCCCAAGGACUCUUCCGUGGAGCCAUCAUGGAAAGUGGCGUGGCCCUGCUGCCUUACCUUAUCGCUGACACCUCUGAGAUGUUCUCUACUACGGUGGCCAAGCUCUCUGGAUGUGAAGUCAUGGACUCAGAGACCCUGGUGCACUGUCUGAGAGGCAAGAGUGAAGCAGAGAUUCUGGCUAUUAACAAGGUCAUCCAGAUGAUCCCUGCUGUGGUGGAUGGGGAGUUCCUACCCAGGCAUCCCAAAGAAUUGUUGGCAUCUGAGAAUUUUCACCGUGUGCCCAGCAUCAUUGGUGUCAACAAUAAUGAGUUUGGCUGGGUCAUUCCUAUGGUCAUGGGCUCAACAAUAAAGGAAAUAACCAGGGAGAAUCUGCAGGCUGUUCUGAAGAAUACUACAGCACAAAUGAUGCUGCCUCCUGAAUGUAGUGACCUGCUAAUGGAAGAGUACAUGGGGGACACUGAGGAUGCCCAGACCCUCCAAGCACAGUUCACAGAGAUGAUGGAAGACUUCAUGUUUGUGAUCCCUGCACUCCAAGUAGCACAUUUUCAGCGUUCCCAUACUCCUGUUUACCUCUAUGAGUUCCAACAUCAGAUCACCUCUCUCAAGGAUAUUAGACCACCCCACGUGAAGGCUGACCAUGGAGACGAGGUUCCUUUUGUCUUUGGGUACUUCUUCUGGGAAAUGAAAUGUGACUUUACUGAGGAGGAAAAGCUGCUGAGCAGGAGAAUGAUGAAGUACUGGGCCAACUUUGCAAGACAUGGCAACCCCAACAGCGAGGGUCUACCCCACUGGCCUGUGUUGGACCAAGAUGAGCAGUACCUGCAGCUGAACACCCAGCCUACUGUGAGCAAAGCACUGAAGGCCAGAAGGCUGCAGUUCUGGACCAAGAAUCUGCCCCAGAAGAUUCAGGGGCUAAAGGGGUCUCAGGACAAGCACACAGAGCUUUAGUACCCUGUGUCAGGAAAGGUGUUUGGGGUUUAAAGUUGAUAGUGUUACAAAGUCCAUUUAUUUAUUUUUAUUUGUUCCAACAUUUAUAUGAGCAUUUGUAACCUCAGUCUUUGAGAUUUCAUGUAUGAAAAACACUUUGUAUGCUAUUCCUUAUAAUUCUGGGCAAAUUUUCAUUAAAUCCAAUAAAUUCUCAAAUAACAGUG